AUGAGUCCAGGAAACAGGACCUCGAGCAGGACCUCGAGCUCAGGCAACAAGAGAAGAGGAAAAAUAGGAAGUCCCAGUGAUCAUAGAGAGACCGGGGGCGUGCACAGAGACCGGGGGCGUGCACAGAGACCGGGGGCGUGCACAGAGACCGGGGCGUGCACAGAGACCGGGGGCGUGCACAGAGACCGGGGGCGUGCACAGAGACCGAGGGCGUGCACAGAGACCGAGGGCGUGCCACAGAGACCGGGGCGUGCACAGAGACCGGGGCGUGCACAGAGACCGGGGCGUGCACAGAGACCGGGGGCGUGCACAGAGACCGGGGCGUGCACAGAGACCGGGGCGUGCACAGAGACCGAGGGCGUGCACAGAGACCGAGGGCGUGCACAGAGACCGAGGGCGUGCACAGAGAGGCGUCCACAGAGACCGAGGGCGUGCACAGAGACCGAGGGCGUGCACAGAGAGGCGUCCACAGAGACCGAGGGCGUGCACAGAGAGGCGUCCACAGAGACCGAGGGCGUGCACAGAGACCGAGGGCGUGCACAGAGAGGCGUCCACAGAGACCGGGGGCGUGCACAGAGAGGCGUCCACAGAGACCGAGGGCGUGCACAGAGACCGAGGGCGUGCACAGAGAGGCGUGCACAGAGACCGAGGGCGUGCACAGAGACCGAGGGCGUGCACAGAGACCGAGAGCGUGCACAGAGACCGCGGCGUGCACAGAGCCCGGGGCAGCAGUGGAUUUCCAAACGCCUCUCACUAAUCUCAGCACAAAAGCGAGGCCGAGAUGACGUCUUCAACUGCUUCGGACAGGUCUUCAACUGCUUCGGACAGGUCUUCAACUGCUUCGGACAGGUCUUCAACUGCUUCGGACAGGUCUUCAACUGCUUCGGACAGGUCUUCAACUGCUUCGGACAGAUCUUCAACUGCUUCGGACAGGUCUUCAACUGCUUCGGACAGGUCUUCAACUGCUUCGGACAGGUCUUCAACUGCUUCGGACAGGUCUUCAACUGCUUCGGACAGGUCUUCACCUGCUUUGACAGAGAACCCCCGACAGAGAACCCGACAGAGGACCCGACAGAGGACCCGACAGAGAACCCGACAGAGAACCCGACAGAGAACCCGACAGAGGACCCGACAGAGAACCCGACAGAGAACCCGACAGAGGACCCGACAGAGAACCCGACAGAGAACCCGACAGAGAACCCGACAGAGAACCCGACAGAGAACCCGACAGAGAACCUGACAGAGAACCUACAGAGGACCGACAGAGAACCUACAGAGAACCUACAGAGGACCGACAGAGAACCUACAGAGAACCUACAGAGGACCUACAGAGAACCCGACAGAGAACCUACAGAGAACCUGACAGAGAACCUACAGAGAACCUGA